AUGAGUGGUAAUCUACAACAGAUGAUCAUAGUGGAUCCGAUACUCAAAGUAAAGUCAACGUCACCUGCCACUUUGAGUGAAAUCACUACGUUCAAAUUACAAGAAGGCGAGAAUAAAAUAGGCAGAGCUGCAUCGAACCAUGUACAUCUACGCAAUGAACAGAGUGUAUCAAACUUUCAUGCAUUGAUCGAGUGUGCCAAAGACAAGAUUACACUCACCGAUCUCAACAGUCGCAACAAGACACAGUUACUCUACCAACCGGGUGGUCAGCAAAUCUACAUCCCUCCCAAUCAAAAGUUUGAUCUCUGUUCGGGAUCAAAGAUCAUCUUGGGUAACACAGCUUGUCAAAUUACCUAUUCUACCAUUUCUGCUGAUUCAUAUCAUAUGUAUCAAAGUGCUAGUAAUAGUAAUAGUACUGCCAACUCAAACACGACUGGAUCACAACCAAGUGCACCAACUAAAUCAUCAUCAUCAUCGAAAUCAACUUCGCCUCCAAUACAAGAACAAACUAAAAGUAGUUCUCAACCAACUGUACCAACUCAUCAUCAUAAUAGUAGUCAAGGUAAUGACCAACAAUUACCACCUCCACAAUCACGUACAAAUAAUAAUAAUAAUAAUAAUAAUGAUAGUCAAUCAACUGAUAAGACGACAACGACAACUACAACAACUGCACAUUCAAGUUUAUCACCGAUAGGUGGUGGAAAUGAUGAUAUUGGUAAUAUAGAUUUAGAUGAAAUGAUUUCAAAUAUUGAUCAUCCUCCUCCACCAAAAGAAAAGGAACCAGAACAACAAGAAAAGGAUGUCGGACAGAAACAACAAACAACAAUCAAAUCAAGUGUAUCAAAUGGAGAUGAUGAAGAUGAAGCUAUUGUUAAACCAAGUAAAAAAAGAGGUGGAAGAGAAAUGGAUUUGGAAGAAGAGGAACAAGAUCAACACCGACAAACUAUAGUUGAACAAGAUCAAUUAUCACCAUUCUCUGCUACAACUGUUAAAAGAAGAAAACCAGAUGACAAACCAACCGUACCACCUGUUGUUCAUGAACAACCUCUUCCUCCACCACCUCUUGCUCCACCCGUUGAUAUGAUGGAUCCUUCUUCAAACGAAGAAAAUACAAAUAUGAUGGUAGAGGAUAAAUCAAAUGAAGAAUUGGAAAAAGAAAAAGAAAAGAUAUCUUCACAAAAUCAUAAAGCAAUAUCACAAGAACCACCAAAAGAUGUUGUAGAUAAAGAACAACAACAACAAGAAGGAGAAGAACCAAUGGUAGUUGAAGAAAAAGAAAUACAACAAAAAGAAGAAGAAGAAGAAGAAGAAACAAAGAUGGUUGUCGAACAAGAGAAAGAGAAAGAAAAAGAAAAAGAUAAGGAACCAUCACAAAAAGAAUCAACUCCAAAUGAACCAUCACCAAUCUUUUCAAACCAUAAUAAUACCAAUAAUAAUAAUAAUGAAAUGGAUGUAGAUAAUAAUAAUAAUAAUAAUAAUAGCAAUAAUGUAAAUAGUAAGGAAACGAUUGUCCCUUCAUCUCCAAAAAAACCAUCUCAAAAGGAAUCAUCCCAAAAAGAGGAGGAACCAUCCCAAAAGGAAUCAAAACAAAAGAGCCAAUCCCCACAAGAAAAUGAAGAGGAGAAAACUGAAGAGCAACCAAAGACAAGAGGCAAAAAGAAAGUGGCUGAAGAAGAAAAAGAGAAAGAAGAGGAAGAAGAGGAUAAGGAAAAAGAACAACCAAAGACAAGAGGUAGAAAGAAAUUGGCAAAAGAGGAAGAAAAGGAACAAGAAGAAGAGGAAAAAGAUGAACCAUCACCACCACCUCCACCAACUAAAAAAGUGGAAAAAGAGAAAGAAGAAAAGGAACAAGAAGAAGAAGAAAAAGAUGAACCAUCACCACCACCUCCUCCACCAACUAAAAAAGGAUCCAAAGGAAAGAAAGCAGCAGCAGAAAAAGAGAAAGAGGAAAAGGAACUAGAAGAAAAGGAAGAAGAGGAAGAAGAGAAAGAUGAACCAUCACCACCACCUCAACCAACAAAAAAAGGAGCCAAAGGUAAAAAGGCAGCUGCAGCAACUCCAACAAAAGCAAAGAAACAAUCACAACAACAACAAUCACAAGAAGAUCCAAGUCAAAAACAAUCAGUUUUAUCAAAUCCAUCACAAGAUCCAGAAGAUGAAAAAUGUUCAACCAAAAAACCAAAGAUUUUAUUCUCUUUAUUAUCAGAUGAUAUGAUAAAUGAAUUAAAAACAGUUAUAAAGAAUUGUGGAGGAACUAUUGCAGUAAGUGCAGAUCAACCAUAUACACAUUUAAUAUGCGAUGAAAUGAAGAGAUCUGCCAAAGUAUUGCAAUCGAUUAUAGCAGGAAAGAUUAUAGUUACGAGUCAAUGGAUAUCAGAUUCAAAGGCACGUGGGUAUUUCCUUAGAGAGGAUAAGUACCGACUACAAGACAAGGUACAAGAAGACAACUUUCACUUUAAAUUGGACGAUGCUCUUGCCAGAGCCAGAGAGCGAAACAAAGACAAUGACCCACUCUUUGGUGGAUUAUCAUUUUAUGUUGUACCAGGUGCCAAGCCACCUCUUGCCUUUUUAGAACAACUCAUUCCACAUGCCGGUGGCAAGAUUCUCACCAAGGCACCUACCACCAAAUCCGAUGGAAAGAAAAUCAUCAUUGGUGGCAACGACAAGGGAUUCGAUAAGAAACAAAUCGAUCAUCUCACUUCACUUGGUUAUAUCAUCUAUGAAGGUGAGUUUGUUUUAAUGUCAAUCUUGACUCAAUCAUUAGAUAAAUCUUCAAAUAUCUUUAAUGAAUAA